AUGACCAUCCGCAAACAAUACCCGCCUCGCAGCUACGAGACAUUCCCUGACGACAAUGACGAUAGCAUCACCCAGUCUCCCACGUCCUACCAGCGUGGAGGGGAUGCAGACAAAUCCCGAUCCGCUGCGGCCGAAGCCCAACGACUUGGGUCUCAAGGUUCAUGGGCCGACAACUUUGCUGGCGGCACUCCUGCUACCAACAGAACUCCAACAGCCUCAGCCGUGGAUGGUGACGAAGUGAGGGAUCUUAGAUAUCCGCCGCACCUUUCAUCAGACGGGGAUCCAUCGGAUCCGCCCCCAGUCUAUACCCCCUCCGCCAGCACUCAAGUUGGAUCUCAAUCGCCUGCGGCACCAGCCUCUCCCGUGGCUGCAAGACCGAAUCUAUCUCCAGUACCAGAGCCAGUAAGCGCUUCUGCCACAGCGUCCUGCCCUUCCAACCCACAAUCCUCCCCAUGCCCGUUCCGAGACAAUGAUGAAGAGGAGGGUCCAUCGUCCAUGUCCGAAACUGUCCCGCAUGAUCAUCACUCUCGACACCAUGACCAUCACCACUACCACCACCAUCAUGAUCAUCACCAGCACGAAGAGGAUGCAGACUCAGAUAGCCUCCCCGUGUUCCUGCAACAGCAUCCACGCCAUAAGAGGACAUGGUGUCGGACACCUGGAAAAGCGCGAGGCUGCGGUGGUCGCGGCCGCGGUAUGCGACACUGCAGUCGUGACAAAGGUCGAGCACGCCGACUCAAGCGGACAAUUUUCUUCCUCCUGGCCCUUCUUGCCUGCCUAUGGCUUUUGAUUCCGGGUUUCUGUCGAUCGCUCAAGAAUGUGCUAAUGUUUCUCUUGGCACAGGAUGGACGGUACCAGCUUCCGAGCUUUGGCCCACACCCGUCUCAGGCACCCUGGCCUCCUCCAAAACGCGAGCAUCGUGAGCAUGAGACCUUCCGCUCUAUCAGCGGUACCUACCAGCUCUACGAUCUGCUUGAUCUUUCCACCACAGCUGGCAGCAUCACGGUUACCGUCGAGGUUCAACCGGGAGAUAAACCAGCAGUCCUUCGUCUGUCCACCACGGCAGGGAGUGUAAACGUGAAAAUGAUAUCUGGAGGCGGUUUCUUCACGAAACCCACCAUCCCAGACGCUGCGAAGUCAAGGACUCUGGUGACGGAGAUCUCUACGGGCGCGGGUAGCGUCUCCGGAAACGUGGUUCACGGCAAUGGUGGAUCAACUUCCAUCGCCACAAAUGCGGGGUCCAUCUCGUUGACCAUAUAUGCUGUCGGCGUCUCCGAGAUGGAUCCGCAAUCGAACAUUUCUACUAUCUCCAACCAAGGCAGCCAGCAUAUCAAGGUUGUCCCGAGCUUGGGCUCGACUGAGGCGAUCCGUGCCAUCGAAGCCGUCCACACUGUACGUGGUAGUGGAAGUAUGAAUAUCGCCUAUCCGCCUCAGUGGGAGGGUAUGGUUCACCUGUCGACUUAUGGGAUGGGGAGUAUUGGUGCCAGCGGAAAUGGACUGGUGGUCCGAAAAGAGAGCAGUCGCGAGUUGUACGGGUAUAGAGGCGCGACGCAGGGAAGGAAGGUCGAGAUCUCAGAGCUCGGAAAUGGAAGCGUCAAGUUUUCGUGCUAA